CAGGGAUGGGAUGGAUAACCUCCGGCCGCUAGGGAUCGUCUAAAUUCUGCAGUGGUUCAUCACGAACGCCAAAAGAUUCGGAAGCUUCCAACAUCUCAAUCCCCCCGUAUUGGAAUCGCAAUCCUCGACCCAAAAUCAACUACGGGUACAGACGGAUUGAGCCAGAGUCUCCGCCUGCUUCCAUAUCGCCUCGCAUACAUUCAAGAUGGAUGGACUUACGGCCGCCGAGCAAAGAGAGUUUGAGUCUCGAAUGCAGAAGAAGCAAAUGAAGGAAUUCAUGGGCAUGUUCUCACACCUCGUAUCUCACUGCUUCGAUUCCUGCGUCGACGAUUUUACCACCAAAUCCCUAAUCCAACGCGAAACCGGCUGCGUAUCUCGAUGUGUCAAGAAGUUCAUGGCGGGGAGCGAGAGGAUUUCACAGAGAUUCCAAGAAGGGCAAACACAAAUGAUGGCUCAACCUCCUCCGGGUCGAUAAAAGUUUCGCUGAAGUGAGGUGGGGGUUCAUACUUGAUGAGUUGUACGAUACAGAGGAUGGGAGGCUUCUUGUGUGGUAAAAUACCUAGGGAACGGGUGGUCGUCCGGCACCGAGAUUAGAGUGCUUAGAUGUGCAUGUCAUGAAUGGGAACCAGAUUCAACUCCUGCAGAAGCUACAUUUCAACACUCGAGGGCUUAGGGACAACUAUCGAAUACUUGUUUGAUACUUCGUUGGACCCACAAGCUCUUGUUUCGGUCGCCAACCACAAAAUCUUCUCAAGGUUUGCUCAGCUGGACUUUCAUCCCAGUCUCUAACAGACUCCCGUUCAGGCGAGUGCCACCAUCUUCAGCAUCAGAAAUUUGAGCUGUAUUUUGCCAAUUUAUGUUAAUUAGUUCGCUCU